AUGCGGAAGCGGUUUUCAAACCAGACGACUUCGCCGUGCAAGACCAGGCUGGAAGAAGAGAGGCGUCCAUGGGCUACUCGAAUCGUACACCACCCUGGUUUCGAUGUGUUCUUUGCGUUAAUCGUCAUGGCCAACGCGAUAUUUAUAGGUUUUGACAUCCAAUGGGUCUUAGAUGGCGGAGCCUUGGAUGAGAACGGUCAGGAAACAAGGACAAGGCCGGUGAGCUACAUGGUCUGCCACUAUAUCUUCUCUGCCUUCUUUCUAGCAGAGUUGGUUCUGCGACUGAUGGCUAGCCGCUGUCGAUACUACUGCUCUGAAGAUUGGGGAUGGGCCCUUUUGGACACACUCAUAGUAGCCACGUCCUGGUGGGACAUUUUUGUGGAACUGGCAGAGGCACUUUUGCAAGAUGACCGUUGGGACAGCAUCUCCGGGCUGUCAACAUUGAAAGCCAUGCGAAUUGUUCGCUUGACUCGUGUUCUGAAGACGGCUCACUUUCUACGGAUAUUUCGGUUCAUCAUGGCCCUGCGGAUGUUGGUGCAGUCAAUACUACACACCGUUAAGGCUCUGUUUUGGGCAUUGCUCCUGCUCGGCCUGAUCAUAUAUGUGUUUGCUAUACUCUUCGCGCAGGCAGUUUAUGACUAUCGUGUCGAUUCAGCAAAUCCAGCAUUGCCAGAAGAGGUGCAGAUUGCAUCCGAUCGUUACUUCGGCACGCUCAUUAGAAGCAUGAUCGCUUUAUUUAUGAGCAUAGCUGGUGGAGUCAGCUGGGAGGAGGUGAUCAAACCGCUCAUGUGGGUGUCUCCCUUUUGGGAGUGUUGCUUCCUCUUUUUCAUCGCUUUCUCGUACCUGGCCGUGUUGAAUGUUGUGACCGCGGUCUUCUGCCAGUCGGCGAUCGAGUCAGCACAAAGUGACCACGCGACAGUGGUGCAAAACAUGUUGGACAACAAGGAGCAACAUCUGCAAAAGCUGAGAGCCUUGUUUGAGAAAAUCGGUGACCAGUAUGUUGGGGGGAUCACUUUCCCGAUGUUCCAGGAGAAAAUAGACUCCCCAGCAGUCCGCGAGUAUUUCGAGACGCUCGGAUUAGACGUGUGGGACCCAUGGGCUUUCUUCAAGCUUCUGGAUGCUGAUGCGGGUGGCGUGGUAGAGUUGGAAGAAUUCUUUUUGGGGUGCCUGCGCUUCGGCGGCAACGCUACUGCCAUGGAAGUCGGCCAGCUAGCCCGUGACCAGAGGUGGCUGAUCAGAAGCCAGGGUCGAUUCCAAAAGCUGGUCGAGAACGAGCUCUGCUGGACCAGGGAGAACAUCGCCUCUUUGGCCAACGCAGUCUGUGCUGCCACAGGCGGUGUUUGCUCAAACGAACUUUAA